CUUCCCCCUUCCGGCCCCCCUACACCUUCCUUUCAUCAUGUCCGUCGAGACCCCCUCUGCAAACGACGACGUCUACCAGGGCGCCAUCGGUAUCGACCUUGGUACCACGUACUCGUGCGUUGGAUGGUGGACCAACGAGCGAGUCGAGAUCAUUGCCAAUGACCAGGGAAACCGCACGACGCCUUCGUACGUCGCCUUUACCGAGUCGGAGCGACUGAUUGGUGAUGCGGCCAAGAACCAGGCUGCGAUGAACCCGCGCCAGACGGUGUUUGACGCCAAGCGACUGAUUGGCCGCCGGUACGAUGACCCCGACGUCAAGAAGGACAUGCAGAGCUGGCCCUUUACCGUCGUCGACAAGGACGGCAGCCCGUUCAUUGCCGUCGACUACCUCGGCGAGAAGAAGCAGUUCAGCCCCCAGGAGAUCUCGGCCAUGGUCCUGACCAAGAUGAAGGAGAUUGCCGAGGCCAAGAUCGGAAAGGAGGUCAAGAAGGCCGUCGUCACCGUCCCCGCCUACUUCAACGACUCGCAGAGGCUCGCCACCAAGGAUGCCGGUGCCAUUGCUGGUCUUGAUGUCCUCCGUAUCAUCAACGAGCCCACGGCCGCUGCCAUCGCAUACGGCCUCGACUCCAAGUCGUCGACGGAGAAGAACGUUCUCAUCUUCGACCUGGGUGGUGGUACGUUCGAUGUCUCGCUCCUCAACAUCACCGGUGGUGUCUUUGCCGUCAAGGCCACCGCUGGUGACACCCACCUCGGUGGUGAGGACUUUGACAACGCCCUCCUGGAGCACUUCAAGAAGGAGUUUGAGCGCAAGAACAAGCUCGACAUCUCGGGCGACCCAAGGGCGACGAGGCGGCUGAGGAGCGCCUGCGAGCGUGCGAAGCGGACGCUGUCGAGCGUCACCCAGACGACCGUCGAGGUCGACUCGCUCUUCCAGGGCACCGACUUCCAGGCCAACAUCACCCGUGCCCGCUUCGAGGAGCUCAACGCGACCUUCUUCAAGAGCACCAUGGACCCCGUCCAGAAGGUGCUCAAGGACGCCAAGAUGGCUGCCGAGAAGGUCGACGACAUUGUCCUCGUCGGUGGCUCCACCCGUAUCCCCAAGAUCCAAUCGAUGGUCUCGGAGUUCUUCGGUGGCCGCCAGCUCAACAAGAGCAUCAACCCCGACGAGGCCGUUGCCUACGGUGCCGCCGUCCAGGCCGCCGUGCUGACGAACCAGACGAGCGACAAGACGGCCGACCUGCUCCUGCUCGACGUUGCGCCCCUCUCGCUCGGUGUGGCCAUGCAGGGCGACGUCUUUGGUGUCGUCGUGCCCCGCAACACGCCGAUCCCCACGUCCAAGACGAGGACGUUCACCACCGUCGAGGACAACCAGCAGCAGGUUACGUUCCCCGUGUACGAGGGCGAGCGCACGCAGUGCAAGGAGAACAAGCUCCUCGGCGAGUUUGAGCUCACUGGCAUCCCGCCCAUGCCCAAGGGCCAGGCUGAGCUCAUCUGCACCUUUGACGUCACCUCGGACGGCCUCCUCCGCGUCUCGGCCUCGGAGAAGACGUCGGGCCGCAAGGCCAACAUCACCAUCACCAACUCCGUCGGCCGGCUGUCGAGCACCGAGAUUGAGCAGAUGAUCAAGGACUCGGAGCAAUUCAAGGCCAGCGACAAGGAGUUCCAGGCCCGCCACGACGCCAAGCAGGAGCUGGCCCAGUACGCCGAGAGCGUCGAGGGCACCAUCUCGGGCCCGGCCAUCAACAUGAAGAGGAACCUCAAGGUCCAGGUCGAGCAGGAGCUCGCCAAGGCCCUCGAGCUCCUCGAGCAGGAGGACGCCUCGGCAGACGACUACCGCCGCAGCUCGCUCCGCCUCAAGCGUGCCGUCCAGAAGGGCAUGGCUGGCGCCGGCCGGUGAUUUGCUUUAUACGCAUCCUUCUCCCACCUUUGCGCACUCUCCUCGCUCCUCUCCUCUCAUCUCCUCCCUCAUCUCAUCUCAUCACACCACACCACCCAAAAAAGAUAAAAGAUUGUCGCCAAAAUUGAAAUCUGAUUCUUCUUUUAUGUCCCGAU